AUAACUGCUCUGGUAGGCAGAGAUCAUCUGUCACUAUAGCUGAGGCUGAGAAAAAUAUCCAACAAAACCAAAUAUGAUGCUUUGGAGGGCAUUCUGCGGCAAAGAACAUAGAGAUUAAAAAUAUGAGAAAAAUAGGAGAAAAUAAUGUGAUCUGACGGUGCUAAAAGUGCCAGUAUGGCAGGAAAGUCCUGGGUGAUGGAGGCCAGCUCAUACCCUGGGAAUGCAGUCCCUGGGCUGGUUUUAACAGCAUGAUGUCAUCUCUCCUGGGAAUGGGUUAAGUAACUUCUUUGUAUCUACAAAGUUGGCAGAACUCCUGGAUGAUUCAAAUAAUGUGAUAAGCAGGGCAGGUUUUGGGGGGAGGGGGAGAAAAGAAGAAAAAAGGUUUCUAUCGUGUCCUAAUGCUCCCGACAGGAAUCAAGGCACCUUUCACUUCUUGCAAUUUAUCAGAACCCACAAACCCUCACUCCUGUUCCCCACGAGGCUUCACUGUAAGUGAAGGAAACUGCAAAAUUAGAAAUCUAAAGAAAAUCUAGGUAAAGAUAAAAUAAAGUUUAAUAAAACUAUUUGCCAAAUUACUCAAGUACACCGUGAGGGUUAUGUUUGGUUUGGAUUUUUUUUUUUUUCCCCGUCACGUUUGUCCUCGCAGCACAGGUUCCACUGCGCCGAGGAGCAGCGGUGGCACAGGGGGUAGUUCCGUGACCGUGCCCGGCAGAAGCGGCGUCCCCUUGUGCUGCGGAGAACGCGCGGCUCUCGCGUCCCUUCCCGGCAGGAACAGCGGCUCGGCGGAGCGCGGCUCCCGGGUCCGUCCCCGGUAGGAGCCCCGCCCCCGGUGCCGCCCCCGGUGCCCGAAGAUGGCGGCAGCGCGGCUGUGCUGCUGCCGCUGCCGGGCGCUGCUCUCCCGGCCCGCCGGAGCUCUGCGGGCGCGCCGCGGCUUGGCCGCGGGGCCGGAGAUGCACUUCGGCUUCCAGACCGUGACGGAGGAGGAGAGGAGGGAGAAAAUUAAUCAGGUCUUUGAAAGUGUGGCCAAGAAAUACGAUGUAAUGAAUGAUUCAAUGACUCUAGGAAUUCAUCGGGUGUGGAAGGAUAUCCUCAUGCAUAAAAUGAACCCUUGUCCAGGAACACUCCUCCUUGAUGUUGCUGGGGGAACAGGUGACAUCGCCUUUCGAUUCAUUAAUUAUGUUCGCUCUGUACGACAACGUCAGCUCCAGAGGAAGCUCAAGCACCAUCAGAAUUUGUCAUGGCAGGAAAUUUUUGAGAGUUACCAGAAAGACGAAUUUAACUCACUAGGGGAUUCCCAAGUGGUGGUCUGUGACAUCAACAGGGAAAUGUUAAAAGUUGGGAAGCAGAAAGCACAGCAUCUUGGCUACUCUGAAGGCUUGUCCUGGGUACUUGGGAAUGCUGAAGAGUUGCCCUUCGAUGAUGAUAAAUUUGAUGUUUACACAAUUGCCUUUGGAAUCCGAAAUGUAACUCGUAUUGAUUUGGCACUUCAAGAGGCCUAUCGUGUGCUGAAGCCAGGAGGAAGAUUUCUCUGCCUUGAAUUUAGUCAUGUCAGCAACCCUCUUCUUUCCAGGCUCUAUGAUCUCUACAGUUUCCAGGUUAUCCCUGUUCUGGGUGAGGUUAUUGCUGGUGACUGGAAAUCUUACCAGUAUCUUGUGGAGAGCAUCCGACAGUUCCCUCCUCAGGAGGAGCUGAAGGCAAUGAUUGAAGAUGCAGGCUUUUUCAAAGUGGAUUAUGAGAAUUUAAACUUUGGCAUUGUUGCCAUUCACUCAGGUUUCAAACUGUGAAUCUGUGUAGCAAAACACCAAAAGUAUAAUUUUCAUGAGGGGUAUGAAAGCUGUGGAAUUUUCACAGUGUCAAGAGGAGUUUUAAGAACUUGUGCAACAGAUGCUUACUCAGCAGCCAGACCCAGAACACAAAUUACCUCUCCCCACAAAGAAACCUGUGGAGUGACUCCAGUGGUGUUUCUUACACUUGCAUUUCCCUUCAAGUGUAAAGGAUGUGACCAAAACUGAGCAAUGCUAACAAGUAAAGCAAGUUGGCAGUGGGUGUGGAUACAGUAAAAGACUGAUUAGUCUCUAAAUAAGAUGCCUUUCUUUUUACUAAGCUUUAAGGAGGAUAUUAUACUUGUGAGAAGUAACUUGGAUUUAUGAAGUAACUAUGGACUUUUAUAAAGAUGUUAUUAUCUUUGUCAGGUGAAGUUUAAGGAUUUUUUUCCCAUGACUUCUUUACUUCUUUCAAAGACAUAUGGAAGGCUUGUGAAAUAAAAGAGCUCUG